UCCCUUUUGACAGAUCAUAGACACACGGCUACUUGUGUCUUUUAGUUUGUGCCACAAAUUAUUCAGGAGAAGACCCUCAGUUUGCAGGAGAUGCUCCACUGUCAGUUUAGUACAAAACAGGCAAACUCAAAAAAAAAAAGGCGACAAACAUACAACCUCGAAGUCCCAAAUCCUGCUGUACCUGCAUCUAAGCAGACUGCUUUAUCUGUGCUGAACUGCAUCUAUUCCAGUGGAGCGCUGACUGCACACAGGAGUACCUGUGAGCAGUCCACAACGUAGGGUCAGGGCAUCAUUCUUUUGAAAACUAACACAAAUUACACAGAAGUGACAGAAAAGUGCCAUCCGAUGAGACAAGUUUCUGCAGAAAAAUCUGGAAAUGCAACUUGCGUGGAGUUUUAAAACUACUAAUAAUCAGCAAGCAAUUUUAAAAAUGUCAGCACUCAAGUGUCCCUUGAAAAAUUCCUCACAGACUCUGGCUAGCACCUUAUAACUCUUGAUAACACUGACUGACUAAAGCCAGAAAUAUCUCCAAGUGAGCAUGCAAACGGAUUAAUUUGCUUAAAAUCAUAUCUAAAUAAAUGGAAAACCGAUCUUCCUCUUCUCCCCUUCAUGACCUCAGUGUUUGCAGAAGGUAUGGGAUUGAUAGCCCAAGAUAUAGUCCUCUCUUUCACUAUGGACACAAUAAAUCAAAGGCAGUAGAAACUCAAGCAUUUUAUUUUGCAGCCAUACCAGUGCACUUUAACAUACCUCUCUCUUAAAGGGUGACAAAAUACUUCUGCUUCUAUGGGCCUAAUAGGUGGCUGCCUUGCAACUCAUUUGUAACUGCACAAAGUGGACACAAAACGUGAUUGUUCUAAUUAGUAGCACUGUAUAACCAUUUUGCAUAGCUGUAAACAACUACAUUACACGCAAGGUGUCCCUACACUGACACCUUUUCUGAAACAGCCAGUAAAGGCAUCAAGUGUAAUAGAGAGUCCUGUUAACAAAAAAACGCAGCAUCCUUUAAAAUGAACUUCAUGUAGACUAUCAAGCAUCUACAUCACUUACAUUGCUCAGAAAUUACCUGUUUUGGCAGGAUUUUUGCAAUGAAGAGGUACAAGAGGCUCCAUGGUGUACUGUUAUUAAUAUGCGUAAAAUAAUCCAUGAAACAAGGCACUAAUACAGAAAAGUAAGAAACUAUACCAUAAAAGUUGUAACUGCCUGGCUUAGGCCUCUUACUGGCAAAUGCUUAUGCAUACUGAAAAGAUGCUGCUUACCUACAAUUGCUAAGCACUUCACAAUCUGCAAAUGAUAGGAGGAGGCUCUGCCUAAAAAUGCUUUUUCAAAUGUGACUAACAAAAUCUAUGUGCCUUCGCCUGCCAGUGUCCCAACCUGUAACACCUGAGAUGCACCUGACAUCCAGAGGGUGGAUGGUCAGCUCUGCUUUCCUAGGACUGAAAAUGAAAAAAUGAGGUAGAAUGCAUUAAUUACAGAAGUCUAUCCUGAUCUUUUUUUAUAUUAUCCAGGCAUGGACUAACCAAGCCCUGCUUACAACAAGCAAGAUGACAGGGCAUUUAGAAUACUUUUCCCACAUCUCAACAAAAAAUGUGUGGGCUAAUUUAAAAUGACUUCUCAGAAACACGGAUACACUUUGAUUUUGUAAAAUCAGCUUUUACUUUACCUCACCGUUUAAUUCAUACAUAAGAAGUAUUGUUUCACAGUUACGUAAUUCCACUGUAAAGAAAAAUGAAGGGAAAAAAAUAAAGAAGAGUAAGCAAGCAGAGUGAAGAUGCUGAAAUCAACCACACCACAACAGAAAAAAGCCCAGGACAGAGAGCAUAUGGAAUAAACUCUGCAGCAUCCUUGGGAGUGUUGUAUAUUUGAAGCUGUUGUGAAGCAUAAACAUUGCUCUUCUAUUGCAAAAAAAUAAGUGCACUUCAGGUUCCCUUGUUAUUAUUACUGAUUUUUUUAAAUAUGCCAACUGCUGACUGAAGUCAGUCUCACCUGCAGAUAGUGCCUCACAAAAAUUAAUGCUUCCUAACGAAGAUUAAAUACCAUGUGUUUUCUCCUAAAAAACAUAGAGGUCUCAAGUUGUGUAUGCUCAACGCUUGUGAACGCUAAUAGGUUGGGUCAGUGUACACAGUAUGCUUUCACGUUGUGUUAGAUUCCUGCAGGAGAAAGGAGCUUUUCCAAAAAAGUUAGACCACAUUUCCACAGGGCUUUUCCAACACCCGUCAGCACAAUCGCCGCGCAGCCACCCAAAAGCUGCUGGCCUCACACUGUCGCUUUGUCCGUGUCAGCCCGCCAGUCACACAAAUUCUCAGAUGAAUUUCACAUCCAUGUGGCUGGUAACGUAUGCGAGGUGCACGGCAGAGAACGGGACAUGACACGGAGCACGGCACAAACGCCAGCGUUACACUUUACUAGCUCUGCCACACUAAGUGCCCGCUGUCUCUAUGGAAAGCUGAUGUGAAGACUGCCGUGCUGCCGAUGCUGGGCCGGCGAGGGCCUCUCCGCCACGUUUGGGCGAGGAUUACUACGGCAGCAGGCACCACCGGAGCUCCGCCGCAUCGCCCUGCAGCCUCCCUGCCCGAAACCCUCUGGCCAGGUCAGGGGGUGACCGCCGGCCUGGGCCCGGCUCCCCACGGGCCGCGGGGCUGGCUUCCCGUGUUUACUGCCCGAGCAGGGGCUGUGCGGAUGCACCGCUGCGUCCCUCAACUUCCCCGCUCGCCGUGGUUUGGCCUCUGAAUGAAACCCGCCCAACUGGACAGAGUCACUAUCACAUGACAAAGGCUUUGAGACAGCUUCAUCUUCGUCUGUCUGUAAUUUCCAGUUGCCUUCCUGGGUCACAGUAAUGAAAGGCAGUAGUAGGAAUAAGGAUCAUUCGACAGAAGGAGAAGGAACUGGGAAGCGACCAAAAAGAAAGUGUCUUCAGUGGCAUCCCCUGCUUGCCAAGAAACUCCUUGACUUCUCUGAAGAGGAAGAGGAAGAAGAGGAGGAGGAAGAUAUUGAUAAGGUGCCGCUCCUUGGUGCUGAUGGUUUAGAGCAGGAUGCCGAUGAAACCGAAGAUGACGAGUCCUCAGAGCAACGAGCUCGCCGACCAAUGAAUGCAUUUCUCUUGUUCUGCAAACGCCACCGCUCUCUCGUGCGAAAAGAACACCCUCGCCUCGAUAAUCGUGGCGCAACCAAAAUCCUGGCAGAUUGGUGGGCAGUUCUAGAUCCAAAAGAAAAGCAGAAGUACACUGACAUGGCCAAGGAGUACAAGGAUGCAUUUAUGAAAGCAAAUCCAGGGUACAAGUGGUGCCCCACAACAAACAAACCUGUGAAAACCCAGUCAUCCACCGUCACAAACAGGAAAAAGCUAUGGGCCUUUGCAUCAGACUCCGCAAAAGAUUUGCCAAGCCCAAGAAGAGUAACAAAAAGUGAAGAAAUGCCACAGCUUAACUUCGCGAUGGCAGAUCCUACACAAAUGGGAGGCCUGAGUAUGCUGCUUCUAGCAGGGGAACAUGCCCUGACUGCACAAGAGGUUUCCUCGAGUACUUGUCAAUCUGAUGCAACUAAUUCUAUGGAAACCUGUCAGAAGUCAUCAUUGUUUCAGUUUGCAGAGAUUUCUUCAAGUACAUCACAUUCAGGUUCUUCUGAUUUAACAAAACAGUGUGGAACAUCAGCAUUAUUUCAGCUGGCAGAGAUGUGCCUUGCUUCAGAAGGAGUCAAAGUGAAGGAACCUGGGAAAACAAAAGUGGAAGCACCACAAGAUGUGGGAGAAGCAGCUGCAGAGGAAAUGGAAGUAGAAGAACUGGAGAAAACAAUAAUAAAAGACUCCUGUAAAGGACAAGUAGAACAAUCAGAGAUAGAGAAAAUGCAAAACUGGGAUGAGACAAAAGCUGAGGAAUCAGAACCUACAAAAUGCAGAGAUUUUACUAGUCUUGCAAUGGGGAACAGUCCUUUUGAGAGAAAUGAUAGCACAAAAGAUCACAUGUGCUGUUCUCCAGAGCUUUCAAUGGGUGACAUGAAUAUCCUCGGGCUAAAGCCGGAAAAGAUAAAGAAGAAAAAGAAAAAAAAUAAGUUGGACCGGCACACAAAUGAAAAAUCCACCCCCAAGAAACCUUGUAAAAAGAGGCAGUCCUCUGAGUCGGACAUUGAAAGCGUAAUGUAUACAAUUGAAGCUGUUGCAAAAGGGGACUGGGGUGCCGAGAGACUCUUGGAAACUCCUCGCAAAAAAACCCGCCCUGUCUCAAAUGUGAAGGGAAGCGUGUUGGAUACAAAAUCACCAAAGAAAAAAGUGAAAUCGAAAGAGAAGAAAACAUCGAAGGAGAAACCCGCAGAGACCACCAAAGAAUCGAAGCCUCCCGAUUUCCUUAGUAUUGCAGCCAGCAAGGAAGUACCGUGUGAGGCUUCUGAUAACAUUAAAGUGGAACCACUGACCCCAACAGAGGAGGUGGUACCCCAAAGCUUACCAGAACAGGUCAAAACUGAGGACAGUGACUGUGUUAAAAAGAUAGAAACCUGUGGCUCCAGGAAAUCGGAGAGAUCUUGCAAAGGUGCUCUUUAUAAAACUCUGGUGUCAGAGGGCAUGCUCACAUCUCUGCGCGCUAACGUGGACAGAGGAAAAAGAAGCUCAGGAAAAGGCAACUCCUCAGAUCAUGAAGGAUGCUGGAAUGAAGAAAACUGGGCUUUUUCCCAAAGUGGGACAAGUGGGAACAAAAAACUGAAAAGGACUAAGCCAAAGGAAGAGUUUGGUUUUGGCUUAGCAAAAUUGGAAGAAGAAUUUGAAAAGAAAUUCAACAGCCUUCCUCAAUACAGUCCUAUUACCUUUGACAGGAAAAAUUCAUCUGUGCCACGGAAGAAGAGAAAGGUUGGAAGCGGGUCAUCUGAACAACCAAAAUCCAACAAAGGUUCAUGCCAGUCUAAGAAAAAGAACUUUUUCUACAAAAUUGUCACCAAAUGUAAGCACAGAAAGCAGAAGCUUAAUGUUCCGGACACAGCCAUAUUCUCAGAAGACAGAAUUUCCAGUGAGUCUGCCUGGAAGAAUAAAAUUUCUCUAUCUGCCCUAAACACUCCAGAGCCAGCAAUGAUGCAUGAGCCUUUAGUUGGCAGCCAGAAAAGGAAAGCAAGGAAAACUAAGAUCACACAUCUUGUCCGAACAGCAGAUGGUCGAGUGUCACCAGCAGGAGGGACACUGGAGGAGAAGCCAAAAGAGCUGCCACAAAGUACUCUUCAGAAAACAUCGAGCGCAGAAACAGAUUGUAACAGUGAAUGCUCCAGAAAUGCAGAGACAGAAGAAAGUCAUAGUAUUACGUCAGAUAUGCCAGCGGUAUCUGCAUUUUUUAGCUUAGCUGCUCUGGCAGAAGUAGCGGCCAUGGAAAACGUACACAGAAGUCAGAGGGCCACACCUCUCCCACAUGACGGACAGCCAAAUGAAAUGUCUCAGGCUCCAGUGCUUAUUUCCUGCGCUGACCAGUGAAGCUCCACUUUAUUGUAAAACAUUGUGCUUUACCUAAUAUCCUAGCCUUGUCUUUACCAAGGGAAGCUAGUCAGUCCAUAUGAUGGAAACUUAUAGACUGCAAGCAAGUGCUUAUUGCUCUGAGUGGCCCAGAAUUCACUGGAAGCCAGACGUUAGCAACUUGGGCCAGGUCCUCAAAUCGGAACCCAGUAUGUAGGAGGGAGAUAUUAAUUGUCUAUUAAUGAACAGAAAUGGAAUGAUCCUAGAGCUUGCUUUCUAUUGAAGGCUUUUAAACAGUAAAUAGGUGGUUGGUGUGAAAAUGGCUGCCUUUACUGUUAGCUCACACAGCAUCUCUUUUACCAACCAGAGAGUACGGCAACUAGUUUCGUAUAAUACCUAGUUAUUCUAAAUGAAAAAAAAAACCUACAACAACAACAAAAACACUGACGCACUGCACUAGUUAUUAUUAGAUAUUCUUAGUCAUUUUUGUACAUGAAGAUUUAAGUUCUAAGAUGGUUUAUAUUAAUAGGUUAUGCCUACGUUUAUAUUGUAGAAUGAAUUUAAAACCUGUUCCAGAGAACUCAAGGCAGCCUGGACAGAUGUACCAUUGUUAGCGGUGUUUGGGCAGCCAUGUGGUCCAGAUGUUCUGCACUUUUAUAUUUGCCACCAGAGUGGUAGAGUUUACUGGCAAAAAUUCUGACAGGCUAUGUUUGGGUUUGUUUCUUUUUAAUUUAGCUUUGAAUAACCAGGAUGAUGUGCAUUAGAAGAAGGAGUGGUGUAUGGAAAAGAAAAUACUACAGAUAAUUGACUUGUCUUUUAUGCCUUGGAGGGUUCCUUUAUUUUUGCAUAGAUAUCUGAGCGACGUGUUGAAACUUUCCUGUAAACAAAAAGUACUGCAAAUGUGUUUUUCAAAAGUGACCUUAGUAUUAUUUCACCGUUCUGAGAAACCUGAAACCGUGACUUCUCGAUAUACAUGUACACUGAUACACAUACCUUUUACAUUCUACAGACACUGGCAUUGUUGUAGUUACUAUGCACAGUCCAAAUCAGCUUCAGAGUUUCCAUAAAAGGCCAAUUACAGUUUGUGUUGGUGAAGCAGCAAGUUGUAUACUGAUAAACUACAACCAAGAGUAACGUUUGACUGAAUUCAGACUACCAAACAGAUCCAUCUGCCAGUUUCUGUCUUUGCUUACGUUGAAUUUUUGUUUUGCUCUCAUAAAUACAUCCCAAAAGCAGGCCGAGUGCAUCACUUGGCCCGUUACCUUCGCUAUCUUGACUUACACUAUUGUAUAACCAAGCAUUGAUUCCUACCAACAGAUGCAAAAUGAUCACUAGUAAUUGAUCUAAAGCUACAAAUUCAACAGGGUACUUCUUCUAUAGCACAAGAUGUUUCCCUACUUUUUGCAUUGUAGCACAACAAUUUACCAAAUUGGACUCCAGCAAUAAUUUUCUAUUAGUCUUCGUCAUACCGGCUGAAUUUUUGAUAGUAUUAGAUUGAGUUUGAAGUUCUUUGAAUUAAGUCUUUAAAUGAUGCGAGUUUACAUCAUUCUAUCAGGCAUUCUUAUUUAUACUUGACUGAAUUGAUAAUGUGUUCUGGGGUUAUUUUGUAACUAAUUUGAUGUAAUAGCCAUAUGGACAGUAACUCUAUUAAUGCUUGCGAGGUUUAGCCUUUCGUUGUUGUAGUUAAGUGAAAGUCUCUGGUUCAGUGUCGGGAAACAACAUACAACACACCACACGACGAGUUGUAACAGCGGAUUGAAAGUCUAACAAAGGGCAGGGAGAUGGGGAAGUGUCACUGAAACAGCACCAUCAAGAUUGCAUGUGUUGGAAGAAGGGAACAACAACAAAAGAACAACAAAAUUUAUGAGCCAAUGAGUCAGUGAAAAGGCUUUUUAAAAAUUCAGGUGAAUACAUGACUAAGAGCCCCUGGAAUGCCAUUGCAGCCUAUGGCGGUAUUUUUAAUAAGAUUUUAUUAAAGUUUUAUAAGUUAUUUUAACAAGACAGGAGAAACUUAAAAGACUUAAAGCUGUUGGGUCACAGUAAGGUGGCUGUUGGAGUUUUGGACCACUUUAUAAUUAGCUGAAAUCCAAAUAUCUUACAGUGCAGGCCGUUCACGUUGACAAUGGUACUAACUUAUUUCUCUAGAAACCUUUAGAGUAGAUAUAUUUUUGUCAAAGUACCCCAUCCUUCCUCGAUUUAAAUUUCAAUAUUGUUCCUGAAGAUAUUUCUGUAUAUUAAUGGUACCUUUUUUAAAAGAAACAGAAAAUUACUUUUUUCUAUAUGAAUUAAUAUCUUACUUGAUCUGCUUUUCCUUGACUUUCCCUUAGAGAGGGGGUAGGGUUGGGUCAGUUUACUGGAUAUGACUGUUUUCAGAUACUUAUAAACCUUUUUGUAGAUAUGCUUAAUUUUUAAGCGAUUAGGCACUGAGAGUAGCAGAAAUCCUGCAAAGCUUUAUAGUUCACUAGGCAUUUGCCUUUGUUGGUUCUCUGAGUGAUGUCUUGAUUUCAGUAGCUAGAAUUUUCCCUGAAUCUACUAGAAGGGGUAUCAGUAUUUUCAGGUAACAAAGUCUGUUAGCACAACAAAAAUUUCAGACCAAUAUCUUACUGUAUUUGGGUUGGGGUUUUUCCUUGUUUGUUUUGGUUUAAGUUUUAUUAAUUUCAGCUGCUUUUGUUUUGGAAAAUCUUAUUGCUAUUGUGUGUACUUCAGUAUACCAGCAAACACUGUUACCGUUAACACAUUGUCCACAAAUGCCUCUAGAGAAGAAAUUGUUGCACCUUAUGUAUAUCUCAAGCAAACCAAAAUAUGAUGCUUUUCUGCUUUGUUUAUUCUGAAUAUGUUGUAUCAUACUUUACUGAACCCAUUUUAACUUAGCUAAAGCUAUCAAUAUUUAUGCAUUUCACAUUAUUUUCUGGAUCUGAACCUGUGUAUAAAUCUUUCUUUUAAAAAAAAGAUCAGCAUUUACCGUAGUCGUACUCUGUGACUUAUCCAUGGGAGGGGGGAAUCUUGUCUCAAGUGCAAAAUGCAGUACUGUCCCAGUUUUCCUUGGCUUUUAUUUAUUUAGUGAUCUUUGAUAUUUCAUAUGUAGUUUUGGGGUAUACAAAAUACAUUAUCGUAGCCGAAGCUACAAAUCUAAGCAGCUGGGAGAAAAUUACUGUAAUGUCUUCUUAAUUGUUCUAGUACUGUAUACAAAUAUGGGAAAAAUGUUCUGCAGAACAUUUGAGAUGCAGAUUCUUAUCCCCACAGUAGGUUAUUUUCCAGAUAUUAGAACAAAUCAAUCAAAACUCGAUGAUCUUAAAGGUCUUUCACAACCUAAAUGAUUCUAUGGUUCUAAAAACAUCUAUGGAGAUUACUUAAUGCUCUGCUUAUGGCAGUAACUACCCCUUGAAUGUGCUGUGAUUUCAGAAUAGAAUAUAUUUAUUUAAGAUGACUGAAUGCUCUUUUAUACUAAUACAAUAUCCCAAAGUCAUGAGCAAGAGACUUCUUGGUAGUUUGGGUUUCUAUUUUAUAGCAUUGGUGCAUGACUUUUGAAAUUAAAGUGAUAAGCGUUGUUGGAAGGGGGCACAGGAACAGGGGACGGGUAGAAGCGUGUGAAAUUGCGGUGUUUGAAUUCCAGCUUUGGUCUUCAUUGUUUGGGUGAGAGCUGCUUUUGUAGCACAAGGCUGAAGAGCUCUCUGCAGUUUGUAUCAAGUAGAAACCCAGGAGAGUUGUAGCUCGCAUUGUAACAAGGGAAUGCCUUAUAGUUUGGAUGCUAUCUUUUGGAACAGGAUAUUAAAUUGAAGCGAUUUUAAUUUCCACUGCCUGUUUAGCUACUGUACAGAUCCUGAACAGACUGAAAGCAACAGUGGGACAACAAAGAGAGGUUGAAAGGAAAGCUGGCCUUUGUUCUCAGUGUGGCAAAGUUAUGGCAACCAAGGGGAAUUAGCAGAAAAGAUAGAUGUGUGUAUAUAUGUGUGUGUGUGUGUGUGUGUGUGUGUGCGCGCGCCUGGGUGUGUACAUGCUGGAAAAAAAAGCAGGAAAAACAAAAACAUGAUGAGUCAACAAGAGACUACAAUGUGUGUUGACCCUUUGAGUGCACUCCCUUUUUUUUUGAAUGCUGAGUCUAAUAUGGCUACCUCUCCUAAAAGACUACUUUCAUUAACUUCCAUUUGCUUUCAGGCUUGAUUGUGUAAUCUUUUCAGCCAUUGAUCCCAUUUGUAUAUCCUUGUGUGCUUUACUUUCCAAGAGCAACGUUUAUAUAGUGCAGACAAUGUAAAGGCUGAAUAUGCAGUGGUAGCCAAACUCUGUUGCUGGAGCGUGUUGUUUUUUAACCUCUGCCGUAGUCAUAUGGGCUGCAAGACAUGGGACUGGUAGCUCUGGUUAGUUCAGUGAGGUCGGUUUUUGAAACAGCAGAAAAUGCAGCUCUUGUGGGGUGGUGGGUGGACUUCAGGUGUUGCCAGAGGUGAGGCAGGAAGCCAAAUGCUGCUCUUGAAACUUGUUCUGGAGUUUGUUUGCAAUCCUGAUUUCUCAAGGAAACAUAACUGUGCAACUUGUGUGUUGUAUAUCAUACAUUAUCCAUUAGGUGCCGUUUGUUUGCCGUGCUUAUUUGAUGACUGUAGAGCUCCUAGGUAUCUUUGCCAUGUUUUGUAAUACUUGUGGCAUUCUCCUGACCUUGUACAUAUUGUGGAACUGUCACCUACAGCUGCCAGGAUGCUGAGGCACUUCAGGACACUGAACGCCGUGAAUGAGUGCGUUCAGUCUGUGAGUUACUUGCCUCCUCCCCUGAAUUCCUCAAUUAAAAGGCACAGUGAGGUUUAUGCUCUCACCCAAGUACUAUUAUAGUCAUUUAUAUACUCAGAAUUUUCUACUGAAUUGACAACUUUGAAGAAGGUUAUGAGAUGGAUGUGUAUUUUAUGUUCCCCCACUGGUUCUUCUACGGCAGAAAUCUAGGAAGACUUGACACGAGUUCUCCACUCAGCAACACACCCAAGCUUAAGCUGAAAACCAUUUGUACUUACGGGGCAGCGUUGUGGUGUGCGCUGUGAGAGCGCGGGAACCCUGGUUACAGACCACUACGCGCUUGGAGUUAAGCUUGGGCUUGAGUGAUGUUCCUGGUGGGGGCAAGUCAUUGUGGCCUAGGACCUUCAUUGACCUGCAGUUUAAAAAAUUACUGCAAGUAGCUUGACAUCUAUUGAGUUCUUCCAAAGAGUUGUAUUGUAGUUUCUGGAUCUUAACUGUUAGCAUAUUCCAGCAGACCCACACUGUACUCUACUGGAAAGAACCACAACUGUACAGGCUAACUAAUUAACUAGGCUUCCCAAUGUAAUGGUCUAAUCUUUUCACCCCUGCAGCUGAAACCUUGUUCUCUCCCAUACACUGGUAACACUUCAGUCAGUGGUUGGGGCCUUGAAGGUGACAAAAGUGAGAGAGGCGUAUAUGUGCAUGUGUCUGCAUGUAUGCAUAGAUACGCAUAUACACAUCAGAGGGCAGUGACUUGCAACAUGUUCUCUGUACAAAAGUGUUCCUGCGUUAGGUCAUAAAACAACUUGAGGUUUCUUAGACGAUAGUUUUCCAACUUUCUUGCUAGAUUUCAGUCUCUUUCCUUCAUAUUACACCAUACGGUGUGAUUUUCAAAAAUCACACCUGAAAAAAAACCACAGAUCCUGCUGACCUGGAUGCUACGAAAACCUUCUUUCUCAGCAGUGCUUGCUUUUAAUAACCAGUAUCUGUUGACAGUUUUAACACAACUGAUUUGCUAUCAUCUUUCUUGCUAGGGCCCAGUCCUUCAGCUUUUGUUCUCACAUAUAAGUCCACUGAAUUUUGACCCAGUAUUUUUUAUUCUCUCCAAAGCUUGGUGUAAACAUGCCUUACAAUAGUUCAUCUCCAUCAUUGGUAUAACAGAGCUACUGCCGCCUUAGAUGUGUGUAGUUAAAAGUCAGUAAGCACAUUUACAGAAUGUCAUACUUUCUUCAAAAACCUCUAAUUUGAUAUUUUUAAGUGCACAUGUUAAGCCAUGUGUAUAACAUGCUAAAGUACAUUAAACUGUGAUAAUGAAACUGAAUAAAAUAUUUAAUAAAAUAUUUGAAAUAUUUGAAAAGGACCUUCAAAUAGAUUUCUUUAUGUUCAUUCUAUUUUGGUUAUCUAGUGUGUGCCUGUAAACAGUUUCCCAUUUAAACCUAAUGAUUGCAAAUAAAUACUAUUCAAACAGAGCUUCUUUGAUACUUCACCUGUUUUACUAUCAAAUGAUUGUUUACUUUAACAUAUGGCUGAGUUAGCAGUAUUUGCAGAAUUUGUUUUUAGCUACAGUAUGAAUUCAUUGGCUUUUUAAUACUUAAAAGAAACAAGCUCGUUUUCCACCUGAAAAUGGAAGAUGCCAAAACCCAGAGACAAAUCCUCAGAACUGUGGACUGUAGUUUCCUGUCAAGAUCAUCCGUUCAACUUCUGCACAAUGACUACAAAGAUGUCACAUAUUUUGCAAAUAACUUCUGCCCAUUUGUUGUUGUUUACGCACGUCUAUAAGAGAAGAGGAGCUUCCAUUAAAAAUAAAUAAAUAAAAACUGUUGAGCCUGGUUCAGCACUGUUGACAUUGUUGGAAAGAUCUGUAGACCCAUGCAAGUGCCCCAGAAUUUGAUGGACUUGUAUCGUCAUAAAGCUGGAGAUUGUGGGCCAGAGAGAGCCAGGACUCACUGCAGUUGGGCCGUGGCAGAAGAGCUGGCCUUUUCUCCUGAGCUUUCCAUGUAUCCGCUUUGUGUUUCUGGGUUUUCUCUUCUUUGCACAGUUGGGAAGCUUAUCUAUAGUCCAUCCAAGUAUAAGAGAAGUCCUCUCACAUGAAGGUGGCCUUGCCAUGUUUUCGGUCUUUGGACACUAAGAGAACUUACUCAGAAAUGGAUUCUCUUUUAGAAAUAAGUAGCCACUGUCAUCGAUGUUGAAAUGUCCCCACUGCUUUGAAAACUUAAUUAAACCAGGACUGUGUUCUGCCCAAUUACCUUACCCUCUUGAGGCUUGAAAAUUAGACUGCUGGGGAUCUUGUAUUUUCCUGUCCUUGGAUGCCUGAAGCCUCCUUGAUUGCAAUGUACUUUUCUGAUCCCAGAAGACCCAAGUACAGGCUUCAUGAAGCCAGUAGACACCAGUUGUUCACAUGGGAGCAGAACUCCUGUCUCUGAAUCAAAAGCAGCAGAAGGUCAAAAGCAGCCUUCAGGUUUAUUUCUUUUUAAACUAUGUACCAUUUACUCAGGGAAGAAGAAAUGUACACAAUCUUGGACUGCCUUUACUGAGUAUGCAUCAGUAUGUCUGCAAAGAAACACCAGGACUGCAAGAGCUUCAGCAUUAAAGGCCGUGUAAAGGUCAUACCUGAGGCAGGGGGAUAAAAGCUCUGAUUCAAUGAGCAUAAAAAGCUGGAUGAAAUCUUCUUACAAAAUACAUAUUCCCUCAGUAGAAUAUGCCCAGUCAGGAACACUGAAGUCACUAUUCUGUUUUUUUGAUUACCAAAUCACCUUAAAACAGUCAUCUGCAUUCCUCGGAUUCCCAUCUUUUUUCACCUGCUCUCGUUUUGUUCUUUCAACAAAACACCUGCUGAAUCCGGCUAACUCUGGGUGCAUCUAGAUCUGGUUUGUUACGUUGCUUCGUGCAGCUGCAUGGCAUUACACUGACACUCUCUUCACUGUCAGGUAAGAUAAAUAUCCACUAAUACUUUUGGAAGAACACAGGGCAGAAAGGCUUCAUUCUCCUCAAGCUCUGCCAUUUCUCCCCUUGAUACCUUUUGUUGGGCUCUUCUCAUUGUUCAUCCGAGGGUUUUUUUAACGUGUAGCUAACCCUGCUUUCAAACGCUUUUUUUCUUUUCCUACAGCGUAAUAUUAAAUGAGACAAAUAACUAUGCUAUAGCUGGUGAAGCUGUUGAUUCUUCAGUAGGACACUAGCACUUUAUAACAAAAUAUGAGAUGCGUUCCUAUAUCUGCUGCAAAGUUCUAUUUUGUUUUGUUUUCAGAAAUAAAACCUGUCAGAUGUAACGCCUA